AUGAGAAGCCCUAGAUCAGAGAGACCAUGUUAUCACAGCCGGGAUCAUAUUAUAGAUCAGAAAAACAGGGACAUAGGUACCCUGCAAAACACGAUGAUCGGUUUGGCGCAAGACUUUCAGGGAUAUAGAGAUGACGUUGCCUUUAGAGCUUCUGCACUCUCUUAUUAUGCUAAUAGGCACAUUGCAUCACUUGAUGGGUCUGAGAUGCAGAAUGGGGACUUUGAGAUGGCAAAACAGUUUGGAACAUCUGAAACUGGACAAGACUCUGGAAAUGUAAACCUACAAAUAACCCAAACCCUUGAGGAAAUUCGGAAUGCCAAUGUACUAGAAUAUGAGUCUACUUUCACCAAACUCUCUAAGUUUGCCACAAAGUUGGUUGAGACAGAUGAAGAAAGGCGUAUAAGGUUUUCACAAGGUCUUAGAUUGGAAAUCCAGGCUUCGUUGGCUGCAACUAAGUAUAAUACCUUUGAGGAGCUAUUAGAUGCUGCACAGCAUGUGGAGAAUAGCCAAGUUAAUUUGCAUAACUUCCACAAGCAGCGAUGUGAGAACUCUAACCAGUGGUUGAAACCUGAGGAGAACAUGCCCACACGAAAUAGGAAUUUUGGGAAAAAGCCUGUGAAUAGCCAACCUAGAUCCAUGGGUCAAAAACCUGCCAUAUGUAACUUUUGUGGGAAACCAAAUCACUCUGAGAAUGACUGUUGGGCUAAGCUAAAUAAGUGUCUGAAAUGUGAGACUUUUCAACAUUUUGCACGAGAUUGUCCAAACUUUAGAGCUGAAAAACGACCUGAGCCAUCCACAGCAGUUGGGGCUACUGCUGGACGUCCUGAGGCCAAUCCUAAAAAGCCUAGAGUUCAAGCUCGUGUUUAUGCUAUGGAGCAAGUAUCUGAACCUGAGCCGACUGAUGUCAUUGAAGAAUGGGAAGUUUUUGGUAGUAUUACUACCCAACCCUUGGUUCUAGAACAACUAAAUGAUGCUCAAGAACGUGAUCCAACCCUGCAGCAACGUAGGGAACGUGCUGCAAAAGGGGAGCUUCAAGACUAUACCAUAGGCCAGGAUGGGAUCUUGUGCUUUAGGAAUCGAAUGGCUUGGUCAUGUUCGUUGCCAACAGUGGCUGUUCAGGAUUCUCUUGAGAUAUCCGGUCACGACAUGGCAUGUUGGGUGGAAAUUGAGUUGAAUUGGUACCUAGUCAGAAAGGUCGCUCCUUCUGACAGCUUAUCAGAUGAUGGUGCAGCAGGAGAUUCAGAAUCUGAUUAUGCUUCUUGUGACCACUUGCAUGAAGUCAAAGGUUCUGAUGAUGGGGAGCAUGUUGAAGUCAAGAAAUUCAGGGAGCUCAACCCCAAGAAGGAGAUGCACAACCCAACUUUCGAAGUCGAUCAGAGAUUUGGAGAUAAGUGGAUACUGUUAAAAGCCUUCAAAACACAUGCUAUUGUGGAUAGGAAGGGUAUUCAUAUGGCAAAAAAUGAUCCAAACUUUGUUAGGGCACAUUGUGUUGCUGGCUGUAACUGGGAAGUGUAUGGAACUAAAAUAUCUGAAAAUGAGCCAACAUUUGAGAUCCAUAGCCACAACAAACAUACUUGUAGCCAAGUAUUGGAGAAGAAUAGGAACUGCAACUCCAAUAUAGUUUCAGACUGGUUUGUUGUGGAUUUCGCAAAUGAUCCAAGAAUGAGUGUUGGAACUCUGCAAUUUAGGGUUUUAAAUGAGAAGAAGAUAUCCAUUUCUAGAAUUCAAGCUUGGAAGGCCAAACGAAAGGCCCUGGAAAAGGGUCUAUUGCCAGCUGUUAAGUCUAAUUUUCAAGCAGUCUCGCAUAGACAUUGUGUGCAUCAUUUGUGGUCCAACUUCAAAGUCGAUCACCCUGGACUUCUUUCGAAGCAAAAGCUUUUUAAAAUUGCAAAAGCAAGUUACAAAGAAGAGUUUGAUGAAUUAAUGGCACCCCUAAAAGAACAUGAUGAAGCUGCUUGGAAUUGGUUAAAGAGACAAGAUUUUUCUUUUUGGUGUAGGGAGCUUCCAAUUCUUGGAAUGCUAGAAUGGCUCCGAGUGUACUUAACCAAGAGAGGGCAGAAGAAGAGGGAGUGGCUACCAAGAAAUAAAUUUGUUGUGGGUCCUAAGAUUAAAAAAAGGUUGGAAAAAUAUGCUGAGAAAGUUGCUGGUCAUGGUACUGUUCCUGCUACCAAUCCACCAAUACCGAAGCGGAAAGGGAGACCCCCAAAGAAAAACAAACACAAUCUGGUGGAUGAAGAUAUAAGUCAGGUGAAGGUACCAACAAUCCUCAACAGGCACAACCAAAGAGCACGGAUUUUCAGUACCCCUGGUGCGCCACCUCAUUAUGAACCUAGUGGAUAUUUAUUACCUGAUGAUGGAUAUAAGCAUGAGGGAUGUGACUUUUGCAGAAGCAAUAAUCAUGAUAAUGACAACUGUCCCAAACUUGAAUACAAAUGUGAUCGCUGCAAUUACUUUAGACAUCUCAGAGAGGAUUGCCCUAUAUCAGAGAUGGAGCUGGGUUCAAUGAAUCCUUCAAAAUAUGAUGAACUAGUGGCUCAAAAGUUUGUUGAAAAUACUGUUGGGCUUGAUCCAAAAUAUUCAGAUGUGAUUUUUUCUGCCAAUGUGGAUGAGCAGCCACCAAGUUAUGAGUCAGAAGAUCUUGUAAUUCUCACAUCUCCUGUAAGCUCACCAGCUGCCAACAAAGUCAAGACAAACCGCAGAAAUUCAGCCCCUUUCACACCGAGGAGAACCAGUGUAAGGCUAGCUGUUGUUAAGUCCAAGCUUGUUGUUGAUGGACAUGGCAGUGAGGAAGAUGUUGGAACAUGCCUCAGCAGGAAAAAGGCCAAAACCUUCCACGGUGUUGAUCCUCACAUAAAGUAG